AUGCCUGUGGCAUGCAAUUAUUGUCAUGGAGAGGGCCAUAAGAAAGCAAACUGUGAGAAGAGGACGAAGAGCCCUCGCCUGUGCUAUGGUUGUAAAAAGCCAGGCCACAUUCGGGCACAAUGUCCUGACAAAACAAUUGAGAAGGAACGUAAGUGUCAACGCCAAGAAGAUCCUCAAGUUAUCUCACCAGAGAAUGGAGAUAACAACCGCCAGCUUGAAGAAGAACUGGCCCGUCUAGUCAGAGAAAAUGCGAAAAUGCAAGAGGCACUUGUGCAAAGUGAAAAUGCACUUGAGGACAAGAUUGCCCUCGUUGAAGAACAACAACGUAGUCUCGAAGGUAUAACUGAGAGUAGCGAAAUUACAGUCGGACCGACUACAGAAGCACAAGGAGGACUAGCAGGUGAUGAAGACACCAUAAUGACUAAUGAAGCUAUGGCCAACCCACCCAAGGCGACUGGCCAGAAGUCCCGACUGAGAAAUGAUGUUGACCCCACUCUCAUCAUUAAUGGUAAAAGAAACCAAAACAACAAACCCACCCAAGGACUCUUCCCAGAUCCUUCAGCUGUCCACAAGACCAUCAUCACUGAUGGUUUAGGGCAGUAA